AUGUACCAAGGCAUGCGACACGGAGUAAUGCCGCGUUCUCGACGUCUGUCCAGUCCAAGCGGGGUGAUGACUUGGUGCAUGGCAUGGCAUGUCGCUGCACGAUUACGGAGCACGGAGGACGCCGCCCUUUUGCUUGCUGCUUGUACGGAGUAUACCCGUGAUGCCGUGCAAAAUAUACGAGCACUGGUGAUGGACACAAAAGAAGGUGUAGGGCACUGCACAUAUGAUGGCACUGCUGACGAAAUGCACAAGCAAGGGGGGCACCGACGGCUGCGGCUCCGGAAGAGAACCAGCAAUGAACGGGAGCGCGGAUGGGCAAGACAACGGAUCUUAUAUCUGUCGGACCCCUAG